CAUUUAAAAUCGAUUGACAUUUGCAGCAGCAAGUACAAGCAAAAAGAAAAGCGCGUUCAGCGAAAAGUUAUUCCUUAAUUGUUGGUGAUUAAAGUAUAAUUAAAAGAACAUUCUCGAAAGUCACAAGAAACAAUAAUCCAAAAUGCAGAUCUUUGUGAAGACCUUGACCGGAAAGACCAUCACCCUCGAGGUAGAGCCGUCUGACACCAUUGAGAAUGUUAAGGCUAAGAUUCAGGAUAAGGAGGGAAUUCCCCCAGAUCAGCAGCGUCUGAUCUUCGCCGGAAAGCAGCUUGAGGAUGGACGCACCCUGUCGGAUUACAACAUCCAGAAGGAGUCGACCCUUCACUUGGUUCUCCGUCUGCGAGGAGGUAUGCAGAUCUUCGUAAAGACCCUCACUGGCAAGACCAUCACUUUGGAGGUUGAGCCAUCGGACACAAUUGAGAAUGUGAAGGCUAAGAUCCAAGACAAGGAGGGAAUUCCCCCAGAUCAGCAGCGUCUGAUCUUCGCUGGCAAGCAACUGGAAGACGGACGCACCCUUUCCGAUUACAACAUCCAGAAGGAGUCGACCCUUCACCUGGUUCUUCGUCUGCGUGGUGGUAUGCAGAUCUUCGUGAAGACCCUCACUGGCAAGACCAUCACUUUGGAGGUUGAGCCAUCCGACACCAUUGAGAAUGUGAAGGCUAAGAUCCAAGACAAGGAGGGAAUUCCCCCAGAUCAGCAGCGUCUGAUCUUCGCUGGCAAGCAACUGGAAGACGGACGCACCCUGUCGGAUUACAACAUCCAGAAGGAGUCAACCCUUCACUUGGUUCUCCGUCUGCGUGGUGGUAUGCAGAUCUUCGUGAAGACCCUCACUGGCAAGACCAUCACUUUGGAGGUUGAGCCAUCGGACACCAUUGAGAAUGUGAAGGCUAAGAUUCAGGAUAAGGAGGGAAUCCCCCCAGAUCAGCAGCGUCUUAUCUUCGCCGGCAAGCAACUGGAGGACGGACGCACCCUUUCCGAUUACAACAUCCAGAAGGAGUCAACCCUUCACUUGGUUCUCCGUCUGCGUGGUGGUAUGCAGAUCUUCGUGAAGACUUUGACCGGAAAGACCAUCACCCUCGAGGUAGAGCCCUCUGAUACAAUUGAAAAUGUGAAGGCCAAGAUCCAAGACAAGGAGGGCAUCCCCCCAGAUCAGCAGCGUCUGAUCUUCGCUGGCAAGCAACUGGAAGACGGACGCACCCUGUCGGAUUACAACAUCCAGAAGGAGUCAACCCUGCACUUGGUUCUCCGUCUGCGUGGUGGUAUGCAGAUCUUCGUGAAGACCCUCACUGGCAAGACCAUCACUUUGGAGGUUGAGCCAUCGGACACCAUUGAGAAUGUGAAGGCUAAGAUUCAGGAUAAGGAAGGAAUCCCCCCAGAUCAGCAGCGUCUUAUCUUCGCCGGCAAGCAACUGGAGGACGGACGCACCCUUUCCGAUUACAACAUCCAGAAGGAGUCAACCCUUCACUUGGUUCUCCGUCUGCGUGGUGGUAUGCAGAUCUUCGUGAAGACUUUGACCGGAAAGACCAUCACCCUCGAGGUAGAGCCCUCUGAUACAAUUGAAAAUGUGAAGGCCAAGAUCCAAGACAAGGAGGGCAUCCCCCCAGAUCAGCAGCGUCUGAUCUUCGCUGGCAAGCAACUGGAAGACGGACGCACCCUGUCGGAUUACAACAUCCAGAAGGAGUCAACCCUUCACUUGGUUCUCCGUCUGCGUGGUGGUAUGCAGAUCUUCGUAAAGACCCUCACUGGCAAGACCAUCACUUUGGAGGUUGAGCCAUCGGACACAAUUGAAAAUGUGAAGGCCAAGAUCCAAGACAAGGAGGGAAUUCCCCCUGAUCAGCAGCGUCUGAUCUUCGCCGGCAAGCAACUGGAGGACGGACGCACCCUUUCCGAUUACAACAUCCAGAAGGAGUCGACCCUUCACUUGGUGCUCCGUCUCCGUGGAGGAAUCCAGGCUUAAACUAAAUACAUUUCCAAAUAAACACACUUUAGCACGCAA